AAUAUUACAAAGAACGAUUAUAAUAAUUAGGGCUUAAUAAUUCAAUUUUUUAUUUCGUAGAGGGUGUGUGAUCCCUUAAAAGAAAGUGUGAUAAUCUUCUGUAAGUUGUUUUAAUUUAAUUUUUGGUUACGGUGGUCGAAGAGUUACAGAUGACACUCAAGGUGUGGAUCAUCGCCGGUAUAUUCCUCUUCCGUACAAUUAACGGUGAGGAUUUCUCGAUCGAGGAGGCGACGAUCGAAGAAAUCCAACGGGGCUUCGCGGAAAACAAGCUCACGUCCAGUCAGCUGGUUGACUUUUACUUGCACAGGAUCCAGACGCUGAAUCCCUUGCUUCACAGCGUGGUGGAGGUCAAUCCUGACGCCAGGGAUCAAGCCGACGAGGCCGACCGGGAGAGGGCGAGAUUCGGUACUUCCGGGGACCUUUCGUCGCUGCACGGAAUCCCGGUGCUCUUGAAGGACACGAUCGCCACGAAGGACAAGCUGAACACUACGGCCGGCUCGUAUGCGCUGCUGGGCUCGGUGGUGCCACGGGAUGCGGGCGUGGUUGAGAGGCUGAGACGAGCCGGGGCUGUCAUUCUAGGGAAGGCCAGUCUCACCGAGUGGUAUUCUUUUCGUUCUCUGGGUCGCAUUCCUAAUGGUUGGUGUGCCAGAGCUGGUCAAGGCGCGAAUCCGUACGUUCGAUCUGGGAAUCCUUGUGGUUCUAGCAGCGGAUCGGCCAUUUCAGUGGCAGCAAACAUGGUGGCAGUGUCACUUGGGAGUGAAACUCACGGCUCCCUCCUCUGUCCAGCUGAUCAUAACUCCGUUGUGGGGCUAAAACCUACUGUUGGACUCGCCAGUCGAGCCGGAGUUGUUCCCAUUUUGCCCCGCCAUGACACAAUUGGGCCAAUAAGCAGGACAGUGUCUGAUGCAGUUUAUGUGCUUGACGUCAUUGUGGGUUUUGAUCCGCAAGAUUAUGAAGCAACAAAAGAAGCGGCUAAAUUCAUACCCGUAGGUGGCUACAAACAAUUUCUCGACCCAAAUGGGCUCAGAGGAAAGAGAUUGGGGGUUGUUAGGAAUCCAUUUUUGGAGUUCUUGAAUGGAUCUUCAGUUAUUCAAGAUUUUGAGCGUCAUUUGAACACGAUGAGAGAAAGGGGUGCAACUGUAGUCGACAGUCUCAAGAUAGAAAAUGUUGAUAUAAUUCUUGAUCCCAAACGAAGUGGUGAAUUGACGGCAAUGCUGGCUGAGUUCAAGGUUUCCUUAAAUGAUUACCUGAAAGAGCUCAUCUCUUCUCCAGUGAGGUCACUCUCUGACAUUAUUGCCUUCAACAAAAAUAAUCCUGAACUGGAGAAGACUGAAGAGUAUGGCCAGGCCACUUUUAUUGCAUCAGAGAAGACAAGUGGUUUUGGAGAGAGAGAAAGGCAGGCUAUUGAGUUGAUGCAGAACCUAUCACGAAAUGGGUUUGAGAAAUUGAUGAUGGAUAAUGAAUUGGAUGCAAUGGUGACACCAGGUACCGGUGCCAUUGCCGUGUUAGCAAUAGGAGGCUAUCCGGGAAUUACAGUCCCUGCUGGUUAUGAUGGUGAUGGAAUGCCACUUGGGAUUUGUUUUGGAGGCCUAAAGGGUUUUGAACCAAAGCUGAUUGAGAUGGCUUACGAUUUUGAGCAAGCCACCAUGGUGCGGAGGCCUCCCCUUUCCAAAUCAUUUGACAUGAACCGCGAAGUUCUAUUUGGCAGUGUAUAGUCAUUUGGUGUCAUUUUGUACUACUGUUGAAGUAUUCUAUUAGUCUGACUCUGUAAAGAACGCUAUUGACCCAAAGUCACCGUCGAAAAACUCUGUUUUGCUAA